CUGUUCCAAACAAAACAAAAGCCGGCAAAUUUUGCAGAAAAUAUAUAAACAGAUGUUUUUCGGUUAAGGAAAUGCCAAAAAACUAUGCGUGGCGUUCGAAAGUGUGCACACUGUGGGACCGUGAACGGAAAUCGCGCUCAGUUCUGCCGGAAUUCCGAUUGUCCGCAGCGCAGAAAUGUCCUUGACGCCGUCCAGUUGGUUUCUUUGCGGCCAGGUUCCACUGUCUACUCCUUGAGGGCCAAGGAAAAGGAGCAACAGCCCCGGAACUUUGUUGUCAUACAGGAUGUCACUCUGUCCCUGCAACCAGAUGCUGCUGUGGUGUCCAGCAAAGCCGAGUGCUACGUGGAGUCCUGCAACAAGGCAGCGGGGGAAUCCUUGGACUGUGUCCAUGUUAAGGCUUGUAGAGAGCUGGGCACAGAGUACCCGAAGGCCCAGGUCUACCGGGUGUCCCGAGAGGUUCUGUGGAACCUUAAUAUAAGUCAGGAGCAGAAGCAGCAUCUAUGGCAUAUCUACAAAUAUGCCGAGGAAAAGGAGUAUCUUCCCGGAGUCCAGCGCUUGAAUCACACCACAUUCGCUGUGAAAUGCGAUAGGUCUGAAUCCUUUCCAGCUGCUCGUCUUCAUGUCACCGUGCUGGCCAAUGGUCCGUCCAAGAAGAAGGGCAGCUACGCCUGUGCCUGCAGGAAACUUAAGAUCAUAGUGGAACCGGAUAACUCUCUGGUGAUGCAGGAUGAGAUCUGCGACCAUCUGCUGCUCGUUUUGGCGGGAAUCCUAAGCUCGCCGCAGGGAAAACGGGUUUAUGGCAACUUCACCAGUGGUUUGCAGAACUUUUGGAUGCCCUCGCAGCUGGAAACUCCACUGGGAGAACUGGAAACCGAGGAUUUGCGACUCAGUAUGUGCAUGGAGGAUGAUUUCGAUUCCCAGGUGGACAUACUCGUCUUCGGGGAUCAGCUGGAUCUUCCUUUACCGGAUCUCACCGAUGGCGUCUUCAAUCUGGACAACAUGCAGGCAUCAACCUCUAGUCACAACACAUCAAAUACCAACGAUGCCUUCAUCCAUUAUGCGAACGAUUCGCAGCUCUUGUCCAAUUGCGAUGUCUAUGCAGAGCCCAUUGAGCUAACCGACUGCAAUAUCGAACUGAUGGAUCAGUUUCAGCCCACGGAUCACAUUGACAUUUGCAGCGAGGACAUUGAAUUGCCGCUGAUCAGUGAGCCGUAUAAUAUCCUCGCUGCUCCGCCCAUUUUUGCGGAGGGCACUCCCGCAGUGGUCACCGAUCAACUGCCCAUUGAAUUGGCCACUAUAUCGAUGGUUAAAAAGGCACCCGUCAAGGUCUCAGAGAUUGUGACGGAAGUCAAGUCUCGAAAGCAGCCUCCCUUGCCAGCCAAAAGGGACUUGAUAGUCAACAAUUCAGCUAAAGUAACUCCAGUUAUAGACAAUCUGUGCUUGGAUGCUUCAGUUCAACCGGCAUUGUCCUACGUAGCAUGGCUGGAUCAUGUAAUAGAGCUUCUAAACGAAGGACUCGAGCCAUUAGAAACUCCCAAUGCUGGUCUAACAAUACGUUUAGUUCAACAAAACUUCCAUGUGCACAAGGAAACUUUUUCGCACUUCUGUAAGAGUUUCAGUGCGGGACUGAAACGACGACCCUUAGACAAGUUCACUGUGAUAGAAUCGGGCAAAUAUAAAGGACUCAAUAGGUACACUUGGCAUUUUUCGUCUUCGCACACCGUAAAACGCAUCUUUAGUACCUCAAAUAUUGAACUGCACUUGGAACGCGCCUUCGAGCGGCACGCAGAAGGUCAUUUUGUGCCCUAUGUGCGUCCAGCAAUUGAGCCGCAUGUUCCGGGUCAGGCUAAGAAGCGUGUUGUCUACGCCAGACUCAAGCUCUAUAUGGUUAAGAUCAUCUUCGAAACGCCGCCAAAGAACCAAUCCGGCAACGGAGUUCUGUUGACCUGGACCCCCGAUGUGCUACCCCGCAGCCAUUUCGGGCUGAUGCACGUGGAGUUCACUGUAGAGACACGAGCGCCCAGCUAGGAUGAAGCAUUUGUUACCAUUGCCGGUGUCAGUAUGAGAAUUUACAAGCCUUUCUAGCGUAUAAGUAGUCUUAGCCUAAGUCGGGUUAGUGCCUAAGAAACAAAAUCUCACAAAAAUUGGUCAUUAGUUGGUUAAUAUGUAGAGCCGCCUAUUUGGUAUCAGCUGUCAAAUGAUUGGAUUGGAUUGAAAUGCUCUCGCUUUGAUACGAUCAAGAUUGAAGGGUGCUCGCAACCCAAUCAAACCCAUCUACCGUCUAUAUGCUCAAGUAGUCUGACUACAUUCGAUUGGGUGGACACGGGAUAAAUCUAAGAGGAAACUGAAGGACCUUUGACAUUCGUUCGAUUACAUAAUCAGUAUACAUGCUUAUUCAAGUUAAAGUGUACAAAAAACCAGUCUUUAAAACAUGUUUGUUUAUCGUUAAUGUUUUUUUUUUUUCAUUUAUAUUUUACAUAUAAAAUGUAAAAAUAUUCACUAAAUUAUUUGCGCUAUAUAUAUCUGACUAAAUCUGGACAAUUCCAAACUAUACAUCUCCUUAGCUAACUUCACACACAGGCAAAGCUAUGGCAAUUCAGAGUGCUAACUUUAAUUUUAAUUUUUAUCCACA